AUGAGGACGGUAGAGGGGCCCCGGUGUCCCCAGUGCAGGCAGAGGUUUGACCCCCGACCCCGGCUCGCCCUCAACACUGUUCUGGCUGAGCUCUCACACGGAGCGAGGGAGAGGGACGGGAGAGGAGGAGAAGACUUGAGGACACACCAGGGGACAGUCUCUGGAGACCAAAGGUGUGUGCGUGUUCUUCAAAGAGAAGUCCUCACAGCUCUACAGACCACAGAGCUGCUCCUCCAACAUCUGCUGCAUGUGAUAGAACUAAAAUGUUCUGAGCUACAAUCGGGGACCGGAACCACGGUCCAGCAGGGACUUCAAGAACAGACCCAGGAACAACCUCCAGGACAAACCCAGCUCCAACUUACAGGACAGACUCGGCUCCAACCUCCAGGUCAGACCCAACUCCGACCUCCAGGACCGACCCAGGAACAACCUCCAGAACAGACCCAGACCCAUCUGGGAUCUCCUGGACGGACCCAGCUCGAGCAGAGACCUCCUGGACAGCCACACCAGGAAAACCUACUCAACCUUUACACAAACCAUCUGAACUUCAACCAAUCCUUAAACCCUUCUUCAUACCCUCCAGGAUUUCUCACCGACAUUUCCUCAGCUGUCUCGGAAUUCUGGCAGAAGCUUCAACCGUUCGUAAGUGAAGGACGGACUUCUCUUCCAAAGCCGGUGCCAGAACCUCGUCCACGCACCAGAGAGGAGCUUCUGCAGUACUCGCGCUCCGUACACCUGGACCCCAACUCGGCGAACCACAGAGUGCUCCUCUCCCAGGGGAACACGAGGGCCACUCUACUGCGAGACGGCCAGGACUACGGGCGGCACCGGGACAGGUUCACAGACUGUGCCCAGGUCCUGAGCACAGAGAGUCUGAGUGGAAGGAGUUAUCUGGAGGUGGAGUGGUCGGGCUGGGGGUUCUACUUGGCGCUGGUCUCCAAGACAGUCCCGCGGUCAGGAGAAGACAGCAGGUUUGGUUCGGGCGACGGCUCUUGGGCGCUGCACUGUGAGAAGUCGGGCUACGAGCUGGUGCACAGAGGACUCGGCCGUUCUCUGUCAGGUCCUCGCUCGUCCAGGGUGGCCGUGUUCGUGGACCAGGCCGCGGGUCAGCUGAGCUUUUACAGUCUGACCCCUCACCUCCACCUGCUCCACACGACCAGCACCGGCCCCUCGCAGCCGCUCGCUCUGGGGGUCCGCCUCUACUCUGUGGGCGACUACGUGAACUUCUGCCAGCUUCAGGAAGGAGCACAAGUUUCAGGAUGA